AUGCUAUCUUGCUCAAUUCGCGUGGACCACAUCGUGUCGAGCACGGCGCUGACUUGCCUCGCAUUGCAGGAGAACAAGGAGAAGCGUGCUCAGAUCUUCAAGCGCGCCGAGUCGUACGUCAAGGAGUACCGCGAUGUCGAGCGUGAGAAGAUUCGCCUUGCCCGCGUGGCCAAGAAGGAGGGCAGCUACUACGUCCCCGCCGAGCCCAAGCUCGUCUUCGUCGUCCGCAUCAAGGGUAUCAACAAAAUCGACCCCAAGAAGCGCAAGACCCUGCAGCUCCUCCGUCUUCUUCAGAUCAACAACGGUGUCUUCGUCCGCCUGACCAAGGCCACCUUGGAGAUGCUGAAGAUCGUCGAGCCCUUUGUCGCCUACGGCUACCCCAACCUCAAGUCGGUGCGCGAGCUCAUCUACAAGCGCGGAUACGCCAAGACUGCCGACAAGCACCGCAUCCCUCUCACCGACAACUCCAUCAUCGAGGAGCACCUCGGCAAGCAUGGCAUUGUGUGCAUGGAGGAUCUCAUCCACGAGAUCUACACCGUCGGCCCCAACUUCAAGCAAGCGAGCAACUUCCUCUGGCCCUUCAAGUUGAGCAACCCCACCGGCGGAUUCCGACCGAGAAAGUUCAACCACUUCGUCGAGGGCGGCGAUUUGGGCAACCGGGAGGAGUACAUCAAUGCAUUGAUCAGGCAGAUGAACUGA